AGAGAAGUCCUGCCAGCGGUGUUGGUAGGACAGGUUAUAUUUUUGUUCAGCUCGCACCUUUCGCCCAUUCUUUUCAUUUAACAAAUAAAUAAAAUACAUAUAAGCUGGAAUUUGGAGUCAGACCGGUCAAAUGUUGGAUGGUAGCCAAGCAAAUUAAAUCUAUCGAAUUAUUCUUCCAUUUUAUUCCAUUUUAUUAUAGAAAGUCCAGCUAUAAGCAAGUGUAUAACCAUUCUCUUUUACAUUUCUAUGUCUCCAGAGUUUUGUCAGUCUUUUAAAAAAACAAAUCUAUUCGAGAAGUAAAUCAAAGUUGAUAAGCAAGUUUUGUUGCUUGAUUACUGCCUUAUAAACCAUCCUUAUAUAUAAUGAUUGACCUGAAUUAAGGUGCUGCCGUGGCUUUGUGAUAUAAUACCUAACAAAAAGUAUACGGUAAUUCUGAUUGUAGCGGUGAGUAGACGGUGGACACUUGUUUGACUACUUCUCUAUACAUGGAACUGUGGUUAUUCAUUCCUCUCGCAAUCUCAGCGCAAUCACCACAGCACGGUGCCCCCCUUUGUCAUUUCAAUUUCUCAAUUCACUAAGUCGGCUGGGUCCAGCCUCUUCGGUUGUGUGUGUGCUCAGUUUUUAAUUGAUAACAGAAAUUUAAUUGUAGUGUUUUUUGUGGUUGGAGUUGGACAUACCUAAUAAAAUUCGGAAUAAUAAAAAUUAGGUGACAAAGUGCGGACAAACAUUUUGUCGCUUAACUUAAAUGGAUACUUCUCGGAUAUCAGUUUCCGCUCUGGGCCGCGAUGUGGUGGUCGGAGAUCUUUACAACUAUUACACUGACGAUAUCAUGAAAAGUAAUAUUGCAGUACCUGUCGAAUGCGUACGCGUCGAGCACAAAGCCAUUCCAGAAUCGGAGCGCUCCUUUUUCUUCAACCAACCCGCCAAAUUCAAACCUUCUUUACUUGGAAUCAAUUCACAUGUCCAGCAGAGCAUCGAGCAAGGAUUCGUGGACCUCGAUCAACUUUGGUUCGCCGAAUUCUUGCGACCCAAUGUGACAGAAUCCCGUGAUAAUGAGGCCAUAGUCACCGCCUUCUUCCGCGUUGUCAGACGGACUGAAACUCUGGAUCGACAAUUCCUCGAAUCUAAAAUCUACGACUAUCAGCUGGACAGCGGCGGACGGGCCACGCAUUUGGUCGAACAGGUUGUCUACGGAUCCGAGCUGAUUUGCUCCAUGCGCCGGACCGUCGACUGGCGUCGGGAAACCAAGGAAAGCGUCGAAGAAAAUAUCUAUUUAGUAGCCAAAGCUUAUUUUGAGCGGAUUUUCGGACCAAAAGCAACUAGUAAUAAUAAUAUCGAUCCUCCAGCCGAACUGGACAAACUGUCGUGUAGAAUCCUGAGCAGUUUGGAAGACGUCCAACCGACCGAGACUUCAUUCCGCCAAUCCUGCGAGUUCCUGAGAGACGUCAUCAAUUUCAAAGAGGAUAACCAACCCGCCAAAUUGUGGCGGCCCAUCUACAUCGUCCGGUGUCAAAUACCCAGGCAAAUCGAGACGCGGAUAUUUUGGGACAGGAUAUCCGACAAGAGGCUCAAGAUCGAACGGAAAUGGCACUGGAUUUUGAAGGAGAGCCGCAGGAUUUUGAGACACCCGUACCUCAAUCAAAUUCCUCCCAUCGCCAGGGCGGUGUACCAAUUCCUCGACUUGCUGGAGCCCAUUGAAAAGGAGAUCAAGCAAUUCAAUUUGAAUGUUCUCGGCAAGAAGUACACUCAGGAGCAAGUUGGGAGCGAUAUUAAAAUCAUUAUCGAUAGCGUCCUGCUGUCGGACAUGGUCAAUUGGCUCAUUCAGAGACGUUGCGAUAUCGACGCCAUGUGUUUGCUGUUUAAAGGCAAACAAAUGGCCAUGUACGACAUUGCGGAAAUCGAAUCCCGGCCUCAUUCGACCAUCGAGAGGCGGGCCAGAGUUUUCGUCUUGAAAGUUGAAUACAACCCGGAUCCGCUGAUGAAACGCGUCCAGAAUUUGAUCGGCGAUCCGAAUCCGAUCAUCAAAAUCCCCGUUUUUCCGGUUAUGUUAUCCGGUAAUAAAGAACGUCUGGCGGUAGUUAGUCAGGCGUUUCACGAAUUUUCAGAAGAGGCUCACUGGUGUUCCAAUGACAAGAACAACUACCAGAUUGGACUGGUUCCGGUUUCUUCCGCUCUGGAUGAGGCAACCAUCAAGACGAUUUUGUAUCCUGCCAUCGAGUUUAAUACGCAGACAUGUUCGCCGGUUAUCAGCCAACAGUUAGCUGCCAGUUCUAAAACAGAACAAGAAAGUUAUACUCACAAAGAGGACGAAUCUCUUCCGUGUCAGCAACCGACUUCUGCGCAGCAUAAUUUAAAGAAUUCAUCUCAGAUUCAUUUAAAAACAACAUCAUCAGCCACACCAAAGCAAAAUCCUUACGAAAAAGUCUCGUAUUUACUAAUGAAAACUUUUUGUCAAGUAUUUAAUGAUUGAGAAUGUUAACCCGUGUUGCCCUUUUUGUAUAUCUGUAUUAUUAUUUUUGUAAAGCUAUAUAUUCUUAUUAAAUUAAACCAUUUUGUACUUUCUUGUGCAGCGCUUGAAACCAUAUACCAAAGGGACACCCCAUAGUUGGAAAUGUUCGUUCCUUUUUGUCAAUCAAUAAAUUGGUAAUAAUC